AUGUCUAACUCUGAUUCUAACUCGAUGACUCUAUCUCAUUCAGGCUCUGAAUCAGGCUCUGAAUCGGAGGAUGAAGGCAUCCGACGGCCUGUGGCUCCACCGAGCAGAGGUGCUUCUGUUGAGCACUACCAAGAGUACAUCAAAUAUCUACAGCUUCAACAUGGGCAGCUCCAGCAGCGGAAUGCGUCUCUGAAUGAGAGCAACAAUGUUCUCGCUGCGCAACAGCUGAAGCGUUCUCGCAAACGCCCUCAAUUGUCAUCACCUAGAACAUCAUCAAUGUCUCAAUCAGCAUCUGUGACAUCGUCCACACCCGAAUCCGCUGCGACCUCUGUCACUUCUGAUUCAUCGAAGACCAAUGAGAUCGACAAACUUAUUUUAGGUUUGGCAAAGAAGUAUGCUUUGACUACUGAGAUGUUUCUCCCCGACAAAGUCAUUUUUCAAACGGACUGUCCUGAUCCUCCAGCCGACUUCUCGGCCCCAAAUCGUUAUGCGAAGAAGUCUACAGAAAAGGAUGCUCUCGUCGCUGAACUCUACGCAUCCAUUGACCACGUGUUGCAUGCUCGGAUGCGAACAAACAUGUUCUUCAACCAGUUUGGUAGUGGAAUGCAGCAAGCUCGUUCUUCAUUUCUAAACAGCCUGCGCACCGUUGCAGGUGGUAUAUUCGAUAUGCCAAAUGAAUUCUUCGUGUCAAAAUACGACCGUACUUCACUUCCGCAGGUCACGGGCUUAAUUGGAUGGGAAGCGGGCAAGGGAAAUGUAUAUGAUAUCUUCAAGGCGCCCAUACUUUACCCUGAUCACAUCGUAAAUGAGAAGAAAAUUUUCAGAAACUGGAUCGUCAUUGCGAAGGUCAUCAAGGUUGCAAUAUGCGGAAAGAUGUCAUUGUAUCCCAAAGCACGCGGUGGACCACCUUCCUACGCCAAAAUAUGGCAACUCACGAACUGCACUCCUGGGCUGAUCGCAUUUGGUGUCACAUCAACUAUAUUUAUCCUAUCCCCAGAUCAGGAGUUUUCAGGCAAUGGUGUUGGCGCUAUUUCCUCGAUCGCAUAUCACUCCAUCUUUCGGACAGUCAAGAAGUUCUUCGUCGUCAAGUGGACCCAUCAGCGCAUCAAAUCCAUCAUCGACCAAAUCAACGGGUACGUCUUCGAUGGUUUUGCGAAGAUGCAGCCAUCCGAUGAUGCUCUGUGCACCAUGGAGGAUGUCACUGAAUCACUCGAUCGCGUUAUGGCGGCGCUUGACGCCAGUGAUUCAGACUCGGAAUCAUUGGAAUAUGUCGACCUUCCAGUCCACGCUAAUGAAGACACGCACCGUUCUGCUGCAACCUCUGGACCUACCAGUGUGGCAGCCAUGCCCACCAACGCCAACACUCUUCAACUAGAGGUUGUGGCACCUGUCGUUAACAGUAAUCCUGACCCACAGCCAACUCCAUGUCCCCCAACUCCAUGUCUCCCAACUCCUACGGCACUUCACGCAGAGACUUUGGCUACCGAAUCUCAGGAGCAGGUACCCAAGUCUAAGGGCAGGAAAAAAACCAAGUCAACCAAUGAUUCCGCCGCUACACGUCGCUCCUCUCGUCACACAUGA